ACCAUACGACAUCCCGCCCGUAACCUUAUAACCUACAUUACCAACUUGAGGACGGAUUCAAAUUGCAUUUUGUAAGAUUCGCCUUCAAGCACGUUCGCGCAUCACUUGCAUCGUAUCUACGCCUCAGUACCUGAAAGGAGUGCGCUUUAGAACCAUGGAUUCCAGCGAGAAAGAGAAGUUGCGCGGGAAUCGUCGCGAAUUCGACGAAGUCUUCAAGAUAGUUCGUGAGUUUGGCAUGUAUCAGUUUGGGUUGUACAUGCUGUGCUGUACGGCUCAGAUCCCCUUGUCACAAAUGUUCCAGCAGUCCCUGUUUGCGUUUGGCUCGCCAAUGUUUCACUGUGAUGAUGCCAACACUACAUGCCCCCCUUCCAAGUGUUGCGAUAACUGUACCACGUACGCCUUCGACGGGCCCUUCACGAGUACUGUGUCUGAGUGGAAUCUGCUGUGUGACCGCGCCUACUUGGGAGCUGGUAUCCAGUCUAGCUUCUUCGCCGGUAUGCUCAUAGGAUCACUGCUGAGCGGUUGGCUUGCGGACGCAUGUGGUCGACGGACUUGUAUGUACCUUAGCGCCGCAUUUAUGGGAGCGUUCAGCUUGGCCCAGUCCCUCGCGGACUGCAUGUCCUUGCUUAUGCUGAUGCGGUUCGGAGUGGGCUUUUCCCUGGCUGGACUUAUGCUGACGGAGUUCGUAUACUUGGUGGAGAUGGUAGGACCGGGGGUUCGGACACACGUAGGCAAGACCUACGGGGUUUUCUGGAAGUUUGGUGCUUGGAUCAGCGUACUUCUCUCGUACCUCGUCCGUGAUUGGAGGCUUAUGGUUUUGAUCGGGAGCCUGCCAAUAUUCUACAUAUUCGCUUUUUGGAGGGUAUUUCCAGAAACAGCCCGCUGGCUCAUGGCACACGAUAAGCUGGAGGAGUCACUUGCAGUGCUCACAAAAUGUGGGCCUAAAAAAAAAACAGCGAGCUCGACCAGCAUGCUUUGCGCACUUUACUGGAGGAAAUCAGGCAGGACGAAAAAGAGCGCGAGGGGGGACUAGGUACCAGGAAGCACACGCCAUUGGACCUUGUCCGCACACCGAAGCUGCGGCGAUGGACCAUUAUCACGUGCUACAACU